CUUGUUGUAACAGGGUCAGAAAGAAGAGGCAGGCCUAAGGCUAUUCAGCCAGGUAAUCGCGAGUGGGUGACGGCGAUUGCUGCAAUCAACGCUGCUGGCUGGUCAGUCCCGCCGUUCCUCAUCUUCGCUGGCCAGUAUCAUCUAUCUGCCUGCGACAAUGGCUGGACAAAUAACAAGCUAGGAGUAGAGUGGCUGAAGCACUUCAAUGCUCACACAAAGACUUGCGUUGUUGGUGUGCGUUGCCUGCUCGUCCUUGACGGCCAUGAGAGCCACCACUCUCUUGAGUUUCAAGAGCUCUGCAAGGAGAACAAUAUCUAUACGCUCUGCAUGCCGCCUCACUCAUCCCAUCUACUGCAGCCGCUUGACGUUGGCUGCUUCUCGCUGUUGAAGCGCGCGUAUAGCCGUGAGGUUGAGAGC